AUGUCAACAACAAGAUAUACGCCUAUAAGGUCUUGGAACGCAAGCUCGUUAUAUGGCACUACGUCUGUGUUCGCGUCUCAGUCAGAACUAGAAGCAGCAGAGGGUGACAAUGACUUUGGUAUUAGUCAGGGUAUUAGCCUUGCCGAUCUCGAAUCUGCGGAGCGCUAUAUGUACAACAUGCCCUGUACACCACCUCCUUUGAACCUAGAAGACACUGAGCUUCUCAACACCGACGCUCUGUUAGACUCUGACAAGGUCUUGAUUACUAAGUUUUAUCCCGAGAUCGCAAAGAUUCACGUUGACACUUGCAACACAUGCAACCGCACGUAG